UAGAUCCAAAAGUCUAGAAACGCAAACAAAAUGUUGAAGUUAGCUAACAGUUUCAAAAAAAUUCAAUUAUUUCGAUCAUUUCACUGCAGCCAUGGUGAUUUAAAUGGCUUUAAAAAGCAAGGAAAAGUGCUAAGCAAAUUAAUGUUUGGUUCGGAUAAGAAUAAACGAAAAUGGUACGGUGAAAAGACUACAACAACAAUUUUCUCAUCGCCUACGAUAUUAGCUUCAACCAAGGGCCAAGGCAAGGAGUCAACCAGAAGGUUAACCGUACUUAACAAACUGUUUAUGGAACAGAUCACAGACUUGAUGGCCACUGGAGAAUAUUCCGAAAAAAUAGUUGGUUAUGGAAUACAAAUAUCUCGUGUACGGGUCACCACGGACUUCCAUGGCGUUAAUGUCUUUUGGUUUGCAAGAGAUACUGCGCACGAUCCGGAGAUAGGUCGCCUUUUGAAACGUGUUGCUGGUGGUCUGCGCCACGAAUUGUCACAACUCCGAUUAAUUGGGCAAGUUCCAAAAUUAACUUUCGUCAAAGAUAAGACUCAUGGUCUCAGCGCUGACGUAGAUAGUGCCCUGCGUCAAGCUGAUUAUGGAGAUGAUUACGUACCAACCAAUCCGACGUUAGUGCCGAGAAGUGAGAUCAAAUUGCAAACGGAAUUACCUCCAGAAGUUCGAAGAAAGAUUGACAAGCUGGAGAAUGAAAUCCAGUAUCCGCGGGAAGAUCAUGAUCCACUUCCGGACAUGCGCCAUGAUGUGUUAGGACUGGAGCACGGAUUAAUAAUGAAUAAAAUCAAGCGAUCGGUCAGUAAAUCCAAACAGGCAUGGACACAAUAUAGCGAAGACAAAAAAGUCACCAUAGACAAGCUGCAAUGUGCUGAUUCUAAAGAUAUGGAUAACAGUUUAGUUGAUGCAAAACUGCCAUUUAGUAAAAGUUUAGAACGACAGAAAUUCAGAAAGCAUAUCAAUGCACGAAAAUCUUCUGAGCACGAUCUAAUAAUGGCUUACAGGCAGACUUUGGAUGAGGAACCCGAAACAUUAACCAAAGAUGAUGACUUCAUUCUAGACGAUAUUGAUCAUAAACAUAAAAAAUAGUCUAGUGUUGGAAGGCAUAGUAGUAAAUACAUAGUAUC